CAAAAGUCUACCCACUACGUUUCACGCUUUAAACCUUCGAGACCGGAUAGAGACAUUAUCCUGUGGUCCAGUUCCCUAACAUCUAUUCCCAAAACCGCCCUGUCAGUGCGCUGAAUGCGGCAUCUUUUCUGCAUUAUCGAUAAGCGAACCAGUCUUUUUUCCCCAACCCAAAUUUUCAAACGCAACUCCCCCGCCGCUCGGGUCAACUACUACUCGUCCCCCACUAACCAACGACCUAUCGACUCCAAUUGCAUUGGCAUCGAGUGCGUGCACAACUAUUCAGAAUGGCUUCGCAAACAGAACCCCCCAGGUGCAAGGUUGUGCUGUCCAAGAACAUUGCGAACGGCCUGCUCACGGAGGUCCACGAAGGGGUUACUACGUUGGAGAGGGCCCCUCAUCUCGUGGGGUUUUUGGCCAACAAUGACCCUGCUGCGUUGAUGUAUGCCCAGUGGACGGAGAAGACUUGUCUGGAGCACGGCUUCCGCUACUCCCUCCGCGAAGUCUCGCGCGACAACAUCGAAGAAUCCAUCCUUGCUGCCAACACCGACCCCGAAGUUGACGGUAUCAUCAUCUACUACCCCAUCUUCAACAACCGUCAAGACCAAUACCUACAGCAAAUUGUCGACGUACACAAAGAUGUCGAAGGCCUCAGCCACCGCUACAUCUUCAACAUGUACCAAAACGUGCGCUUCCUGGACCCCGAGACCAAGCGCCAGAAGUGCAUUCUCCCCUGCACGCCGCUGGCCAUCAUCAAGAUCCUCGAGUAUCUCAACAUCUACAAUACGAUUUUGCCGUAUGGGAACAGACUGUUUGGCCAUACGAUUUGCGUGGUGAAUCGGUCUGAGGUCGUGGGGAGGCCGUUGGCGGCGCUGUUGGCGAAUGAUGGGGCCUGUGUCUAUAGUGUGGAUAUUACGGGAGUGCAGAAAUUUACGAGGGAAGGGUUGAAGAAGAGUACGCAUGAUGUUGUUGAUAUGGAAGGGUGGUCGAUUAAAGAUGUUGCACCGUUGUGUGAUGUCGUUAUUACCGGUGUGCCUGGCGAGAAGUAUAAGUUUGAUACUAGCUUGUUGCGUGAGGGGGCUGUUUGUGUCAACUUUUCGAGUGAGAAGAACUUCGGACCGGAGGUCAAGGAACGUGCCUCUAUCUUCGUUCCUUCAAUUGGAAAGGUGACUAUCGUUGUCUUGCUCCGGAAUCUUUUGACAAUCAACAGUGCUAAUUACAUGCAGAGACUCAUCCAGAACCGGAGACUGGACGAUGUGAAGCCGGCAGCUGCUACCGAGAGACCCGGUACCCUCGAGUCUGCGUGAAUGCUCUACGAUGGCCGGUGAUAUUGAUACCAAAACUAUAGAUUUCCGAGUUAUGUUUUGAAUGUGUUUAUGCUAUUUUCGAUGAUCGAACAAAAAG